UGUCAGAGGAAAAGCAUCGAUAUUCGGCGUGUUUGGAUUUCCAUGUGGCACCAAACUCAUUUAAAUGAACAGAAGAAUUUACGACUAACUGUCCACUAAAACAGAGCAGUCAUGGGGAAAAAAGGCAAGAAGGAGAAGAAGGUUAAAGGAGCGGAGAAGACAGCUGCCAAAAUGGAGAAAAAGGUUUCAAAGAGGUCCAAACGAGAAGAGGAGGAUCUGGAAGCUCUGAUCGCUGAGUUUCAGAGUCUGGACGCAAAGAAGACCCAGGUUGUAGAGACGACGUGUCCGCCUCCACCACCGAGACUGAAUGCAUCGCUCUCUGCACAUCCUGAGAAAGAUGAACUCAUCCUGUUUGGAGGAGAAUUCUUCAAUGGAAAGAAGACUUAUCUGUACAACGAUCUGUUUUUCUACAACAUCAAGAAGAAUAGUUGGGUUAAAGCAGAAAUCCCCAACCCUCCUCCACCACGCUGCUCUCAUCAGGCGGUAGUAGUUCCCCAGGGCGGGGGCCAGCUCUGGGUGUUUGGGGGAGAGUUUGCCUCUCCAAAUGGGGAACAGUUCUACCACUACAAGGACCUUUGGGUACUGCACCUGGCUACACACACCUGGGAGAACAUCAAGGCACCUGGUGGUCCGUCCGGCCGCAGCGGACACCGGAUGGUCCUCAGCAAGAGGCAGCUGCUGGUGUUCGGAGGUUUCCAUGAGAGCACCAGGGAUUUUAUCUACUACAAUGACGUCUACUCUUUCUCCCUGGACACCUUUUCUUGGUCACGCCUCUCUCCAUCAGGCUCCGCCCCCUGCCCGCGCUCUGCCUGUCAGAUGACCUCCACGCCAGACGGCAUGGGUGUCAUCAUCUAUGGGGGAUACUCCAAAGUGAGGGUCAAGAAGGAUGUUGAGAAAGGGACCAUCCACUCUGACAUGUUUCUUCUGAAGCGAGAGGGGAAAGAUGGUCAAGAGAAGUGGUCGUGGUCCAGAGUGAAUCCUUCUGGCAGUAAGCCUCCUCCUCGUUCUGGUUUCUCCAUGGCGGUGGGCCCAGCUGGGCGGGCGGUGCUGUUUGGUGGCGUUUGUGACGAAGAAGAGGAAGAGACGCUGGAGGGCGACUUCUACAAUGACCUGUAUUUGUACGACACGGUGAAAAACCGCUGGUUCCCCAGUGUGCUCAGGGGAAACAAGACAGAGAAGAAGAAACGGCGGCGGGGGAAGAAGGGUGGGGCAGAAGGGGAAGAAGCGGAGAGGGAGGAAGAGGAGGCGGAGGCACCUCAAGGACCCACCGAGAUCGUCAAGGAGAUCGUCACUGAGGAUGGAACAGUGAUGACCAUUAAGGAAGUGAUUCCUGGUCCUCAAGAGGAGGAGGAGGAGGAGGAAGAAGAGGAAGAGGAGGAAGAAGAUGGCUCGGCCGCGGCCCCGCUCAUCGAGCCUUGCCCAAGGUGCAGCGCCAUGGCAAUGGUGCGUCAGGGCAAGCUUUACCUGUACGGGGGCAUGUUUGAGGUGGGCAACCGCCAGUUCACCCUGAGCGACUUCUAUUGUCUGGACCUGCACAAGAUGGACCAGUGGGAGGUUCUGGUCGAAAUGGACCCAAAGACACAGGAGUGGCUGGAAGAGUCUGAGUCAGAGGAUGAGGAAGAGGAAGAGGAGGAGGCGAAGGGAGCAGAGGGGGAGGAAGAAGAGUCUGAAGAGGAAAGCGAAGACGAGGAAGAUGAAGAGGAGCACCCUGGAGUACAGGAGGGGGAGACGGUAACGGAUUACCAGAUCCGUACAGAGCAGUACUGGAUAGGACUGGCACGUGCCAACAUGGGCCCUGACGCCAAGGACAAAAAAGUCGCCAAGGUUGCCCUCGCCAUGGCUAAAGUCUUCUAUGAAGACCAGUAGUGGGAUACGUAGAAGUCUGAAUGACUGCAUGUGCAGUUUGUGUGUGUGUGUGUGUGUGUGUGUGUGUGUGUGUGUGUGUGUGUGUGUGUGUGUGUGUGUGUGUGUGUGAGAGAGAGAGAAAAUAUUUUAUGUAAUGGAUUAACUUUUAUAUCACAUCUGGAAACGCCUUUUGAACUGUAUGGCAAGUAAUUCAGUGAUGAAAUGGUUACAUUCAAAUUUCACAACAAAAAAAAUAAAUAUAAAUUAUCAAUCAGUUUGUAAACAACAUUUUCAUUCAUGUU